CAUCAUAACGCCAGUCAUAAGGUGACCAGGCUAUCCUCGGGAACGGCGGAGUGACCUUGAGGCGGUUGAAAGCUAUCAAGACGGCGUGUCCCGACGCUUCGAUCCUUACUACCUAUUUGAUUUCGCUGUUCACUAAAAUUAAGAACGUGACAGGUGGAUCUUUCUUGGUCUACUUCCACAAACCGGUUUUCUUACAACUUGACAAGUGCUCAGGUGGCUAUUACCCAGUUAUAAUAUAACAUAUGGAUUAUAAAUCAUCACAGAACCCCUUCCAUAUAGGACUAGGUGACCCCGAAGAAACUCAUGAACACGCGACACCGUUGGCUACUUUCACUGGCUUGCUAGAUGAGUUUCUCCUAUUCGGUGGACCAUCUGGUUGCAACAACCAGCAUCCUUCUCACCGCAGCGUUCUCGGACUUGAUAACAACAAUGCUAUUAGCGGUCUACCCGAUGGCACCAGUAUUCUACACACCUCAGUGGCUUCAUGCCAGCAGACAUCGAGCAGCUUCGUAUUACCUAGUCCGUGUCCGACAACAUUAAAUCAACCUAUGGCAAUACUGGAUUUGCUAGAUGGCCCGAACAAUGACAUACCCGUGGAUCGUGACGAGAAACCACGGUGUUGGGAGCACGGAUGCAAUGGCCGCGAGUUCUCAUCUAAGAGUAAUCUCAUGAGACAUAUGAAGGAGAAAUCUGGCGCCAGCAACAAGUGCACUUGCCCCUUGUGUGGGGCUAUUUUUACCCGGAGCUCUGCAAGAGACACCCAUCUAGCCAAGCAGAGCUGCAACAAGAUUCGACGAUAUUCGAACGGUCGGCCACGGCCCAGCCGCCUGGCUGUUUUAGAGAAUCCUCGAGCGGCCGCCAUGGCAGCAGCAGCAGCAACAUGCAUGGGCCAAGAUCAAAUGGUUGCCAAGUCUUCAACGGCGAUGUGGGAUCACUUAGCGACAUGCGCGGUGGAGGAGACAGGCUUUUGUUACGGUGUUGACGCGGACAGCUAAGCUCUACGGCGUACUAAAGUCCCACAAUGCUUAUCGAGUACCAGGUGAAUAAGAUGCAUAUGGACGCGAGAUGACAAGGAUAGGUACCAUUUCAGAAUUUGUUU